CGUUGUCUGUGCGCGCGUGUGUGAUGAGUUCCACCCGUUCAUCGAGGCGCUGCUGCCUCACGUCCGCGCCUUCUCCUACACCUGGUUCAACCUGCAGGCGCGGAAGCGCAAGUACUUCAAGAAGCACGAGAAGCGGAUGUCGAAGGACGAGGAGCGGGCGGUGAAGGACGAGCUGCUGGGCGAGAAGCCCGAGAUCAAGCAGAAGUGGGCAUCCCGGCUGCUGGCCAAGCUGCGCAAAGACAUCCGGCCCGAGUUCCGAGAGGACUUUGUGCUGACCAUCACCGGCAAGAAGCCCCCCUGCUGCGUGCUCUCCAACCCCGACCAGAAGGGCAAGAUCCGGCGGAUUGACUGCCUGCGCCAGGCCGACAAGGUGUGGCGGCUGGACCUGGUCAUGGUGAUUUUGUUUAAGGGGAUCCCCCUGGAAAGUACUGAUGGGGAGCGGCUCUACAAGUCGCCCCAGUGCUCGAACCCCGGCCUCUGCGUCCAGCCACAUCACAUUGGAGUCACAAUCAAAGAACUGGAUCUUUAUCUGGCUUACUUUGUCCACACUCCAGAAUCCGGACAAUCAGAUAGUUCAAACCAGCAAGGAGAUGCGGACAUCAAACCACUGCCCAACGGGCACUUAAGUUUCCAGGACUGUUUUGUGACUUCCGGGGUCUGGAAUGUGACAGAGCUGGUGAGAGUAUCACAGACUCCUGUUGCGACAGCAUCAGGGCCCAACUUCUCACUGGCAGACCUGGAGAGUCCCAGCUACUACAACAUAAACCAGGUGACCCUGGGGCGGCGGUCCAUCACCUCCCAUCCUUCCACCAGCACCACCAAGCGCCCCAAGUCCAUCGAUGACAGUGAGAUGGAGAGCCCUGUCGAUGAUGUCUUCUAUACUGGUACAGGCCGCUCCCCAGCAGCUGGCAGCAGCCAGUCCAGUGGCUGGCCCAACGAUGUGGACGCAGGCCCGGGCUUCUCUAAGAAGUCAGGAAAGCUGGACUUCUGCAGUGCCCUCUCCUCUCAGGGCAGCUCCCCGCGCAUGGCUUUCACUCACCACCCGCUGCCUGUGCUUGCUGGAGUCAGACCAGGGAGCCCCCGGGCCACGGCAUCGGCGCUGCACUUCCCCUCCACAUCAAUCAUCCAGCAGGCGAGCCCGUACUUCACGCACCCGACAAUCCGCUACCCCACCACCCACGGGCAGGACUCGCUGAAGGAGUUUGUGCAGUUCGUGCUGUGCUCGGACGGCUCGGGCCAGGCCACCGGACAGCAUUCGCAACGACAGGCGCCUCCUCUGCCAACCGGUUUGUCAGCAUCGGACCCCCGGGACGGCAACUUUCUGAACAUCCCACAGCAGUCUCAGUCCUGGUUCCUCUGAUAAGAUCGACAAAAAGAAAUGACAAAAUGUUAAGAAGAGGUUCCUCAAACGGGGGGAGAAGAAAUUUGAGACGUGGAAAAAAUCCCCCAGCCCAGCCCCACCGAAAAGCAAAAAAUUAGACGUCGUCAGCCACUCAGCCCUUCUCUCCUCCAGCCCGGGGAGCCCUGCAGGCCCCCAGAAAGCAGCCCAGUUCUCGGAGAGCCCUCGGAAGAGGUCUUGGGGGAGCUGUGCACCAGCAGCCAAGCAGAAAGAAAACAUGCAAACGGACUCUGUUAAGUAGAGGACAGAAAGAAAGAAAGGAUGCAGCAGAACUGCCUUUCUCCCCUCCCUACCCCGCCCCGACCUUCCGGGGAAGGAACAAAAUCAACCCAACAAAGAAACCAGCACAGUUCUAAAGGGGCCUGUCCUCCACCCUCACCCUUCUUAGGGGAACCCCACCCCCAACUCGGCCGGAGCUUCACUAGGGAGCCCGGAGGACAAGCUUGUACAAAUGAUGGGGGGCAGAUCCAGAGGGUUUCUCCCUCCGGACUCCGCCCCCUCCCUGCCUGUCUACCCCCCCCCCCCCCCCCCCCCCCCCCCCCGCCCCUACUGCCUUGGCCUCUGGCUUCUUCCCCCAGCUGCUCUGGACUAGGUGAGGCCGGUGCCUUCCCGGUUUCCCUGCCCUACCUUCAGGCUACAAGCCCCUGGGGCGGGGGCAGGGAGAGGCCCCUGGAGCUAGUUUCUUGCUCCUGCAAUGGAGGGUGUCCUGUCACCCCACCCUGAGCUUCGGGGUUAGUUUCAGGGCCCCAGACCCCUCUGUACAGUCCAUAGGAAAAAGUCGGAAUGCUACGACAGCCCGUCCCAGCCUGGGACAGGCCCCCUCUUCCUGCCCUCUGCAGGCCGGGAAAAUCACUCUCUCGCCGCGCCACGAGUGAGGGGAGGUGGGCCCCAGGGUCGCCCCCUCACCCCAGCCCCGCAUGCAGGUGCCCUCGCUCCGCCCCACCGGUCCCUGCCCCUGCCCCUCACACAGACAGCCCUGCUGUGGCCGGGCCGGAGAGUGGAGCAGAAAGGGGACCCCGGAGCCGAGCGAGGAGGACGAGGCAGCCGCCACUGCCACUGGCUAAGCCGCCCACCUGCGCUAGGUAGGCGUCCUGCUCGCCGACUUUCAGUUCCUUUGGAGGGUGUUGGGUGUUGUCCUUUUUCACAAGUUUUUUUGGAGCUUUCUCUGUCCCCCCAACCCCACUUUCUCCACCAUAUGGGCCUCUUGGCCACUUCUCUCUGGAUUUCAGCUGUAAUGUCUUUACUCUUUCUUUAGGGGUGGGGCAUUCAUUGUUUGGGUCUUUUGCCGUCGCAACUGGGAACUCCUCCAUUUGAGCAACUUGGGGACAAUUUGGUAACACACCACAGGAAGUAGCUCUCCCCCCUCCCCCUGCAGCCCCUUCCUCCCCCACCAAGGGAUGGUUGGGGACCUGUCCAGAGGGUCUUCCGAAGCCCCCUGGGAGGGAGGGAAGCAAGAGCAUGCCCAGCCCCCCUCCAGGGUGUGACUUGGCCCCUCUGGCUUGUCUUUCUGUGCCUUACUCCCUCCUCCCUGCAUCUCCCUUCCUCGGCCCCCUUCUGGAGUCCUUGUGCCUCUCUCUCUCUUUCUUAACUAUGAAAACACAAAGCACAGGUCAGGAUCCUCUGAAAGUCAGUCAACCCAACAUUGCACCGUAGGGGUGGGUUGUGGGCUUUAUUUAUUGUGAAUCUAGUUUGUGAGGCUGUGGCCCCAAGCAGGGAGGGAGGGAAGGAAGGAGGGGAGGCAGCUGGCUGGGGAGGCGAAGAGGGCCCUGACCUGGGCCUGAAGGGGCCGGCGAGUGGUGCCUCCUCACCCGGAAGCCGCCAGGUGGCUGGCCCCAGCAGUGGCUUUUGUUGGAAGUUGAGCGAAGGCCCUCCCCCGUCUGCGUGCAGCCCCUGGGGAAGACCGGGACUGAGAAGCAGGGGUUAGGGGAUCCCGCGGGAGCCGGGGGUGGGGUGGGGCGUGGGGAGUAGGGCGGGGGGGUGGGGGGCCGGGUGGGCCGGGCGUGACGCGCGGUCAAAGUGCAAUGAUUUUUCAGUUUGGUUGGCUAAACAGGGUCAGAGCUGAGAGGGGAGCGGAAGGGACCCCCUGCCCGGCCGCACGCGCCCCUUCCCUCGAAGACAAUCGGGGCCGCGGGCGCGCUGGGCCCGCGGGAGCCGGGGUCUGCGGGGCGCCCGCCCGGGCGAGGUCGGAAGCUGCAGGCCAGCUGGGCCGGGGCGGGAGCGCGCCCGGCGGGGCUGCCCGGGCGGGCAGGGGGGUGGGGGCCGCUCCUUUCCCAAGUGUCGUUGUGAGGGGGCAGGCGAGGGGCGACGAGGGCGACAGGAGAUGUGGGGACGUGUUAGAAGAGAAAAAAAAAAACCCACAAAAAAUAUAUAUGGGGGAAAUGAACUUUUUUUUCAUUGAACCAAGUGCAAUGCAUCAGAGAGUUUUCCUAUCUUUGUAUGUUAAGAGAUUGUUAAGAAAAAUUCUAUUUUUGUUGUAAUGUCCUCGCGGCUCUGGGGACGCUAAAAGAACUGGGCCUGCCCCGCCCUGCGCGGGGAUAACGAAAGCUGAGUGUUUUUUCCUUUUUUUUUUUUUCCGUUCGUUUUCAGUUUUUUUUUUUUUUUUUAAGUCGUUUUCCUGCGUUGACGAGGAUGAUCUGGGGUUUUUAUUUGUUUCGUCGUUCGUUCUCGGUUUCGGUGGGAGGGCUGAAGGAAACGUUCACAUUUUAGAGUUAAAAAAAAAAAACACCUGGACAUUAAAAAAAAAAAAAAAAACCACAAGAUCAAAAAGGAAAAGGACGAGAGAAAAUUAUUUUUAAGAUAAUUCAACAUAAAAACCCUGGUGCUUCUUACAUUAUAAAGUACGUUU